AUGUCAGCGCCUGAAGAACAGCAACACCCAGUGCUAGGCUACCAGCAUUUCUAUUCACGCAUCGAAAACCAGGAUAUACAGCGGCAAUAUGUAGUUCGCGAUUCACCCAUCGAUACGGCCCUGAACAACGUUGCCUCUCUUCCGUUCGUCUCUUUCACACUCGAAGCCUAUAUUAGCGAAUGUGACUUCAUCAGUCCUGGAGGGACUUCCUUGGGUACUCUUGGACAACCAGACAUAGAUAUGAUCCGUUCAAAAAGCAGGGCUUCCUCCUUCAGUAGGGGUGACGAAAUAGUCCUGGACCCUGCAUAUCGCGACGGCCAAGAAAUAGAUGCUGAAGAAUCCAAAUAUUCUUUCUCAGAUACGGGAUCAUUCGACGACAUCGUUUACCCCCUAAAGAUUGCCCUAGGGUCAACCCUAUUCAUCGGUAAAGAGGUAGACGUCAGACCCUACAAGGUUGCACUGUACGACAAGGGCGGGCAUUCCGAUUGGUAUUACGAUUCGAGGCGGGGCGAUCACCAUGCCACUGUUCUUGUGGCGUUGAACACGCCCUGGAAAGGAGGCGCACUUCAUCUCAGAAAUGGAGGAGAAGAGAUGACCGUAGACAUGCGACCCCGCACCGAAAUCAGGGAAGGUUGGUCGACACCAGAGACCCACAUCCAUCUCAAGGCAGCCGCAUUCAAGGCUGACGUCGCCCAUAAAUUUGAACCCAUCGAAGAGGGUGUUCAAAUUAUACUGCAAUGCGAUGCUAUCGUUUCGUCACAGUCAGAUGCGCCUCACUCCAACGUUGGCGGCUGCUCUUCGACCCUGGAUACGGUGGCGUUCAAUUCGCGCUUGGGAUGCCAUAGAAGUUACGUUCCAGAGAUCCAGGUUCCAGCUUUCCGACCAAAUGAGGCCUUUCUCUCCAAACUCGUCGAAGAGAUCCAGGGGGCUAUCACUACUCGUACAAAGGAAAUAGGCAUCCCGCUCCGAUACCUUUAUCAACAAGCCAGCAUUAGCAAGGAAUACCUCAAAGGUAUCGAUGCUGUCAUCUACAGCCGACUCAGCGAAGUGUUCGAUGUGGAGCUUGCUCCGGUUAUCCUAGAUGAAACUUCCGAGGAUG